AUGAGCAGGGAACACGGCAUUUUCUCUUUUCGCAAACAGCAAGACAAAAAAAAAGGACAAUUAGAGCCACUGAACCUUGCGGCGGGGAGGCUUGAUUUCGAUGAUGUCGAUCCUGAGAUCGGCAUGCAUCUACUCUCGAUCUACUGGAGUCGUCAACUAUACACGGCACAGAUCAUCUAUCGUCCCGCAUUCAUGAGAGACAUGGCCUGUGAGGGACCAUAUUUCUCCAAAUUGUUAUUAAAUGCAAUAUUCUUUGUGGUGUCAAAACAUUGCCCUCGGCCUGAGCUCCGAUCAGAUCCAAAUGAUAUCACGACCGCCGGUUGGAAGUUCCGCCAACGGUUCACUCAACUACUUCGAGACUGCUUUGACAAAAGCGAAAUCACCACAAUCCAGGCAUUGCUUAUAAUGUCUAACGCCUUGUUUUCCAGGUGCGAUGAACGAAGUUUGUCAUGGCUAUAUGCGGGCAAUGCCUUCAAUAUGUUCAUUGAUCUUGGUCUCCAUGUGCUCCCAGCUGUGGACAGCAUUCCAGCCGAAGAACUUGAAAUCCGGAAACGAGUUCUUUGGGGAGCAUACCUGAUCGAUAAAAUCCAAUGUUUGUUCCAAGGACGACCACCCCUUCUCAGCCACGUCAACCUGAAAGCAUCAAUGGACUUCUUAGAUGAUUACGAUGAGCUAGAACCUUUCCAAGACAUCACAUACAUGGCUAUCAAGCCUCAAGGGGUGGUUCCGUCUCUCAAUGUUUCUUUACUCACAAAGUUAUGCGAGUUGACCACCAUAGUGGAGCGUAUUCUUCGUGAGAUCUAUUCUGAAUCUCGAGAAUUGAACUUGGUUCACAGGGCCAGUAUAUCCCAGGACAUAAAGUCACAGCUGCGGACAUGGCGUGAAAGUCUACCACAUCAGCUUGACUACCUCUCGUUCCCGAAUCAGGCUGUUUUGUUACCUCAAUCUGCCUGCCUCUUAGCCCUAUUCAAUGUGCUUAUAAUUCUUGUACACCGCCCAUUGAUCACUGGUGGUCACGGAGGCGUGAUAAAUUCAGCGACUGCUCACGAGUCAGUUAAUGCGUGCACAGCAGCCGCAAACCAGAUCGUACAGAUCCUCCACGACUACUCGCAACAAUUCUCCCUCAGUACAGCGCCAUACAUGCUCUCGUAUGCCACGUACAUCAGCGCAACGAUCCACGCCCGAAUCGUCGCACAGAAAGGAAGCAACUCCACAGUUUUCCAAUCCCUAGUCCUGUGCCGCAACAUUCUAGUCGAACACAGGCGGCUUUAUGCAGCAGCAGGAAAAGCCAGGGAGAACCUUGACAAGCUGAUCUCUCAUCUGGGAAUCAGUGCGGAAGAAAAUGAGCGUUCAGGUGGCUCCGUACAAUGCUUCACAGGAGAAAGUGUUAUAUUGGAGGAGUCUGCUAAUAAUACUACGGAACUAGGCCUCACAGAUCGUGCGCUUGAAUUUGGUUCUCCACUCAUGAACCUAGAACUAUCAGAUCUGGACCUUGAGGCGAUUGCUCAGGGAUUUCAGGUUGACGUCGAGUCGCAUUCGUUCUGGCAUUCUUUGGGGGUUUGA